CGUCGCGGCGUAUUUGAUUUCAUGAUAGCGACCACUUUUCGCUAAAUUGAUUUAACCUAUAUUUUUGAAGGAUAACUUUCAGAAUCUGAUGGAAUCGAGACCAAAGUCUCUUCUUGAAGGCGUUGUGGCUUAUGUGGAAGUGCGUAGCAGCAAUGACAACCGAACAUCAGCCAUUUGUCAGGAAUUGGAGCAGCUUGGCGCACAAGUGGUUUCUAGUUUUACUGAUGAUGUCACGCACAUUGUGUUCAAGGAAGGGAUGAAGCGAACAUGGAAUAAAGCUGUGAGACGAAAUAUUCCUAUGGUCUCAGUGUCUUGGUUGGAAAGCUGCAAACGAAACAAUGUGAGAAUGCCUGAACAAGACUUUCCUGCUGUUUUGCCAGAGGAGAAUAACAGUCCUCUUCCAGUUCUCAAAAGGAAUGGAGUGAAGUGGAAGAAAAUGAAAUCCAUGCAACCGAGUGACUUUGAUGAAGAACUUGCCCGAAGUGCAGAAAGGGGAGAGAAGCGAAGGAAACGUCUCAUGAUGGCCAAUAGGUUCAAGUUGAGCGAUGAUUCCACCCCGACAAAUUCUCCUGUACCCAUCUUGGCUCUGGAGACACAAGCCCGUUCCCCUUUUCUGCCUGCUCUGCUGAGACCUACUCUGUCUGGGGGGGGCAUUGUCCCUGACACACCUCCCAGCAUGAAGGAGAGACUGGAGAGAAUGAGGAGAGAACAAAAAGAAUUGCUGGGUCUGGACGAGGAAUCUCCUACAGCAGCCCCCAGACUCCCGGACAACAUGCCAUUACAGAGGAAACUUUUUGGUAAGUUCAGUCGUGAUUUUACUAGUACGGAGGCAAGCAGUGAUGGGGAAGAAGAAGAGUCGACCAAUCGUGUGGUGUCACAGUUGAUACAGAGCCUGGAAUCUCACAGUGACAGCAGCCCACACUCACAAGGCAGCAGGAAGAACAUUCCGGUAUCUGUCAGUGCCUCCCCACCCACCAAAACAAAUAACACCUCGGUAGCUGUUAGAACCUCUUCUCUAGCCAAAACAAACAGCAGUAAAACUGUCCAUGAAGCCCAAAGGAGAGAACCCUUCUAUGUUGGGACAGGCAUGGCAUCGACAGAAUCAUCAGUUGGAAAAGAUAACUAUGCUGCACACUCUACUCUAUCUGUGCGGGAUCAUCAAAAGGUGUCGUCAAACUCUAAAGUAAACUGUGUAGAAUUGGCCAGUGAGGGUUGUGAAAAGAAAGAAGCUUGUAGAAAAAGUUCUUUGUCAUCAUCAUUGACCAGCAGAAGGAGGAGCGUGAGAUUAACACGUGACGAUGCAAAAAAAUCUGAUCUUCAAAACAUCUACCAGGAUGACAGUAAAAGUUAUGACUGCAUUAAAGAAGGCAAUAGGAUUGAAAUGUCAAGAAAACGUCGGAGUCUGGCUGCACCAUCUUCUAUGUCAAAUUCUCCGAGUACAGCCAAAGAAAACUGCACGGCUUCCCACCGCCCAUCUCGUUCCCCCCUACAGAAGAGUAGCAGGACCAGCACCAGUCCUAGAGUCCUCAGCCCUCUGUCUGAUUUGUCCAACACCAGCAACACGUCCAUCAAGUCACCACAAGACUUAAGUCAGGGGAAAACCAGUGGCAAUAGUGCUAAUGCUGAGAAAGAAAAGUCACCCAUAAAAGGCAGCUGUGUGCAGCAGAAAUUCACCGUGUAUGAUAAGAAGUUGGCUCCAACGAAUCUUGAGCAGAACAGAAUUGUUUCUGCUGCUGUGGCUUCUGUUUCCACAAGUGAAGAUCUUAACCCAACGAAGUUGGUCAAAAAGAAAAAGAAUCUUUUUUCUGAGCCGUCAUCAUCGUCGUCAUUGUUUUGUUUUAUUUCCAAGGGCUCACCAGAUGCUUCUGCUCCAGCCAGGCCCAUGGGAGAAUACACCGACUGUGAUGGUAAAACCAAACAAAAUAAGCAUGCCACCAAUAGAAAGAGAGGGAGAAAGCGAGAUUCAGAUGCUGCUUUUCUUUUCAGUGCCUCAGACUCGAACGCGAAAGAGGAGAACAAAUUAAACAGGCGAAAGAGUAGAAGACUCAAUUCUCCUGUAUCAAAGCCAGAAACUAAUUUGCAUAAUAAAAUUGACAAAACUCAUGAAGAAAAGCCUAAAAAAAGAACUGACCAAUCGAGAAACGGGAAAUUGUUGCAAGAGUGUUCCAGAUCUGAGAGUAGUGGUGUGGACAAUUUGUCACUGGGAUCUUCCAUGUCUGUCCUGUAUGGUUCUGAUCCGACCCUGACUCAAGUUGAGCGACUUACUGCUUCCAGGAGAAGUAUUGAUGAGUUCUCCAUCUUCAGACAAAUCUCAAAAACAAAGAAAGGCAAUGGCAAAUCAAAAAUUCGACGGGAGGGGUUGGUUCAUAUAGAUGAAGAAAACGAAUCCUUGUCUGAGAAAUGCCAAAACUCCAAAAGGUCUAAAUCUGGUCAAAUAAAACGCUCAACGAGUGAUGGAAUAGAAAAGGUAAACGCAGUCCGUAAGUCCGACCCGGGACCUUCUAUGGUAGACCAGAGCAGUGGUGAAUGUUCAGGAAGGGACAGCGCAAACUCUGUCGCUUCACGUUCUGAAGAACCAACCACAAGCUUGUCUACAAGGAAGUCCCCAGGGACUUUGUCUUCUAAGAAGACUGCUUCCUGGAAAACAAUCGCUAAGAAAUCUUCUAAAACCAAGUUGUCAGAUAUUGAGGAUAUUAACAACAGCAGCAUGGGAAAGUCAUGUGACGACGAAGUGGAAAAGGAGGCCUCUAGUCAGCUGAGACACGCUCGCUCACUUGUGAUGGGCAAUGCAGGGACGUUCAGCAGCUCAGGAAACAACUCGCUGGUUGUCACAAGUCUACACAGACACGAGCAAGAAGUAGUUUAUUCUGUGGUGAAGAAGAUGAAAGUAUUCCACAUGACCAAUGACGUACAGGCAUCCACAUCCCACGUGGUCUGUGGAGAGCCCAGACGUACGCUCAACGUUCUGCGUGCCAUUGCCCAAGGCUGCUGGCUGCUCAGAAAGGAGUGGGUUCUGAGAUCCUUAGAGGCAGGAGAGUGGCUUUUUGAGGAAGAGUUUGAGAUGGAUGAGUUCCCCGCUGCCAAGGAGUCAAGAGUCGCCCGCCAAAGACACGGUGAAGGUUACAAGGUUGAUCUUUUCUCUCAAGUGGGCCCCAUCUAUGUGUCCUCUGCCUGCACACCGUCCAGAAAAGACUUGGUCCAACUGAUAAGAAUCUGCUCCGGAAAUGUGAUAGGCUCAGAGCAGAGAGCUGUCGUCCAUGUUGGCCUUGAGCUGAUUCCUGACAGACAGGUGGUUAGUCCCACCUGGGUUUUAGACUCGAUCACACAACUGAGACCGCUGCCCGUGGGUGACUACGUGAUAACACCAACCCAUUCCCAACGAGAGAGCAGCCCAGAGUUUUAAAAGUUUCUGUUCCUCAUCUCAAGACUUCCAAGUAAUUAUUAAACCUUCAACAAAUGAGAGGGUUUGAGUUUGACUGUCCUGUCAGGCGUUGUGACAUUUUCUGUAUUAGUAUUAGCCUUUAAUGUGACAAGCUCAGUUGUUUGGUUUUUUUGCAGCUCAUCAACCUGGAAAGAUUCAGCUGACCUUAUCAGUGUUGGUCACAAGAAAUAUUGCAUCCUGUCUUCAUGUUGCCUAGAUAAGAGCUGUUUAAGUCUUUUGGUAAGACAUGGACUGUAAAGGGGAAAAAAUGAGGGUUUAAUUCCAAGCCAGCUAAGCACAUUCUUUCCUUUGGAAAUGUGCUCCAGCUUAUUUUCCUCCAUCCAUCCAGCUGCAAAUGUGUACUUUGCUACAUUAUAUGUCAAUGUUUCCUGUGUGUGCUAAACAAACUAGUCCAUGGGGAGGGAGCGUCAUAAGUUCAGAAAGAUUGUCCAGUUUGCUAGUUGUAGGUGUUCGUUUCUUGUAAAUGACAAAGGUGCGUGUAUUGCUGAAAAAACAAACCAAAAUGCAAAAUGAAUUGGAAUGAAUUAGCAGAUCAAGCAAGUUCUUAACCCUUGCAACCCCAUUUGUGCAUAUAUAUAUAUAUAUAUUUCCUUCACAAAAUCUCAUUCUCUCAGGCCAGGUCGGAAAUAUUUCCUUCACAUCCAGUCGUGUAUUUUUUUUUACUGUAAUCUAUCCAAUUGUCUCUGAAAAAUAUUCCCCUGCUAUGUUCCAAAACUUCAAACAAAAGCAGCAUAAAGGUUGGGCUUUUUUUCCCAAUGUCAGCAAAAAUUUGUAGACAUGGUCAGUAUUGUCUGGGCCUGAGGAGUCAAGGACUUCAGUAUUACCUGGGCCAGAGGGAAGAGACGGCUGAAAAUAGCCCUCUGCUUUAAAGGUAAAAUGAUCAAUGAGCCCUUCAGUCUGAGUUAGGGCGUGUACUCCACUGCGAAAUCGCUCCCAACUUUAUUGUUUUUUCCUCUAUCUACCAUAACCAGCAUUUUGUAUGAUAUUGAUACCACCAGCAUCUGUUCAGUAUUUGAUAACGAUGUAAUUUGUUUUACCCAGUGAAGUGUUCAAAAAGCUGUAAAGGGUGUUUUUUUUACCUCUUACAUUGUUGUUCUUUUUUCCUUAUUAUUUUUAAGUUUAAUAACUAGUGGCCAUGCUGCAUAAUACUGGUCAACAGUCUAUUUUUCAAAUAUUUAUGAUGUUAUUCUUUGGGCUUUAGCCUUAAAAUGAAUGUCUGACAUCUGUAUACAGCUUACUUAAAGAUGAUUUCUUUCUUUGUUCUUCCACUACCAGUUAGCACUCCAUUGUAAAGUUCUUUAUCAUAUGCAAAUUUAUUCUCCUACUCCUAUACUUCAUUUUUUUUUAAAUGCUAAAGCGUUUUUGUGUUUGUGGUUAAUUAUACUUAAUUAUUUUUAUUGUCAAUAAGUACUUGAUCACUUUUUUAGUGCAUGUUCAAUACAUAAUACCUAUACUAUUUGUACUUAUUUUGAAGUGUUUGUUCUAUGUGAGUGCACGAGACGAGUUCUUAACAGUAGAGUAAGAGAGAGUGUGAGAGUAUAAGUGUGAUGGGGAGAGAGAGUAUCAUGUGUAAGAGAAGGAAUGUGCGAGUGCCUGGGUAACGGAGAGAGAGAGCGUGCGAGUGCAUAAAAGUAUGAGAGAAAGAGAAAGAGAGUAAGUGUAAGGGAGAGGAAGAGUGUGGGUGCAUGUGAGACAGAGAAAGAGUGUGUGUGUAUCUUAUAGAGAGGGGGAGUGUGAGUACUCAGAGGCAGAGUGUGUGUGUGUGUUUGAGGAAUGGUGAGUGUGAAGGAGAGAGGAAGAGAAUUAUUAGGUGGGAUAUUGGCAAAUGCUUGGUUGUGUCUUCAUAAAUUAUGCUUCAUCUUUUCAGUUUUGGUUGUAAACACUGAAAAAUGCCUAAGGCCACUAUGAAUUUUUGUCAUUAUUCUUAUACCAGUGAGCUUCUUGUGGGCGCAGGUGAACACCUAAUGUGAUCUGAAUUGUUGUGUGUUAUGUAACGAUCAAUUUCCUGCCUCAUUUGUAUAGGCAGCCAACCACCGUUUUGUUUUAUUUUUCUAGCAUAUAUUAUCCUAUUAGUAUGACUUGCCAUUUAAUGUUACAUUACAUAUGUAUGUAUAACAGAUCUUUUCUUGUUGAAGAUGUCGCACAAAUUGUUGCCCAUCCUCCUUAACUUAAAUGCAGUGGUGAGAAAGAUAACUUAACAAGAUCUUCACUUACCACAA